UUUUUUUUUUUUAAAACUUUUAUUCUACGUCACUUACUCAAUUCCGGUAAAGGCUAGUUGAAAUAACAUAUUUUUAUGGCGAUUGCUUCCCUUUCCCUGCACGACAUUUCGCUCGUUCGUUGCUUUUAGGACUGUUGUUAAAGUUACAGGAAGCUAGUUUAACAGUUGUGUUAGCGUCGGAACUUUUAGUCGCAUUUCUGCCUCGCUCUCAUGUGACGAGCUCCCUUCCGCGGUCCAUUGGUUUUCGUUACUAUAUUAUUACACCGAUCGGGUUGUUUUAAGGUGGAAUUAUGGCCACUGCUACGCCGUCUUCGCUCCAACUGCAAGCGACAGAUGUGAUUCGAAAAGAACACCUGGACGAAGGAGGUUUUGGAGAGGUGUACCUGUGUUAUCACGUCCGCCUCGGUCCUGUGGUGAUGAAGACCAUGUAUACGGGCAAACUUCGAAAUGAGGAUAAUAAGCGCUCUCUGCUGGAGGAAGGUAAUAUCAUGGCGAGCCUGAACCACCAACGGGUGGUGAAGUUGCUGGGCGUUAUCAUGGAGGACCGAGGCUGCUCUUUGGUCAUGGAGUUGAUGCCCAGGGGCAACCUUCUGGCCAUGCUGGAGACGGUGACUGUGCCAGUAUCCAUCAAGGGGAGAAUUAUUUUAGAAAUCUUGGAAGGGAUGGUUUACCUCACCGAGAAGAAAGUCAUACAUAAGGACAUCAAACCGGACAACAUUUUAAUUGACAAAGAUUUUCACAUCAAGAUCGCCGACCUUGGCCUUGCCGCCUGCAAGACGUGGAGAAAACUCACCAAGGAGGAAUCCCACAAGAGGAGUCACCUGGGCCUGUCAAACAGGACGAGGGCUGCCGGCACGCUAAGCUACAUGGCGCCCGAGCACUUGGAGAGCGUCCACGCCGUCUCCACCGAGAAGUCCGACGUCUAUAGCUUUGCUAUUGUAGUCUGGGUCAUCGUCACAGGCAAAGAGCCGUAUGCAAAUGCCAGGAAUGAAGAUCAAAUCAGUCAGUGCGUCCGCAAUGGCAACCGCCCAGCGAUGAACCUCAUCCCCGACCAAACGCCGGAAGAGAUCUCAAACCUCAUGGUGAGGUGUUGGGCACACAAUCCGCUGCAAAGACCGACAUUUCUCGAGGCCUACCACCGCUUUCGUCCCUUCUACGAGACCAAUCUCGCACCACAUGUGGAGAAAGAUUUAGUUCAUCUACAGGCUCUGUACGAAGGCCCGGAUCAGCUUGUGGAAAAGAUGAAGUCUUUAGCGCUAACCGAUGAAUGUAUUUCCACGGAUGGUCCAGCUUUUUUGGAGAGCACAGACAAAAGCGUCAAUGGGCCGGUCGAAGACAGUAUCGAGGACAGUGAUGCCCUUGAAUGUGAGACCAAUGUAGCGUCUCUGGCAGCCACCAGCGAACCAGACCCAGAAGACUCUUUAGAGGAAAAACUGCAACCGGAGUUAAACUACCACAUACACGGCAGCUACACCCAAGACAGCCCGUCUGACUUUGUCGCUAAACCGCACCGGAGAAGCUUACCAGAUAGUCUGUCUAGUUUUACAAAUAACACUCUUAGACCACCAGAGCGCGACACACCGUCCUCCGUCCACUCCUGGACAAAAGCGCAACCUGUGCAGCCCAGUAGCCAAGACCGCACUGGGUAUUCCUGCCUCCAAGAGUCGAUGACCACUUCCAUGCCAAAGUUAUCUCAAAUCCAUACGUCUGCUAGCAAUAAUUCCUUGCCACCUUUCAAUCAGCAACAUCCGUAUUACCGCCUGCAGUCCUGUCCUACGUCCUCAGUGCCUGAAACGUCAUGGGGUGCUAGCAACUACGGUGCAGCCCAAGAGUCCGGUACGUUAGAAGACCACGUUGAGUAUAGGAGAAUUUCUGAUGACACUAACGUUAAUUGUCUUGAUCUUGAAGGCUCGCUUCACAUCAGUAAUGCAAGGGGGAUCCAGAUCGGUAACAACAACAGCCUCAAUAUUCACUUUGGCAACUCGGACGUUUCUUCGUUUCAUCCUGGUCACAUCUGGACCAGUUCUCAGCUCAAAGAAGGAAUUCAGAAAUAUGAGGACCGCGCUGUGACCGGAGAGCACCUUGAUGUACUGAGGAAAAACAUCGGCGCCAACUGGAAGUUUUGCGCACGGCAUCUGGGUUUGAGCGAGGUGGAAAUAGAGACCAUCGAGCACGACUUCCACUCGGACGGCCUGUCGGAGAUGGUGCACCAGACACUGCAACACUGGAAACGGACCGGAGGGAGUCUCGGCUGUAAAAUCGGGAAGCUUUGCCGCGCUCUCGAAGGCACCGUAGAAGCUAGCGUGAUUCAGAAAAUAUUGCACAUUUGCGCUUCUACUCCCAAUAUCUAAUGAACUUCUUUCUUUUGUAGUUCUCCUCAGAUUUGCCAAAGUCUCUUGUAGGAAGUCAAAAUGCAAUAUUCUCUUGUAAUAAUAAUAAAUCAGCCCAAGAUAAAUCAUUUUAAAACUUUACCCAGCGUGAAUGUGACAUGUCUGAUUUGAUUGGAGGCUCAAAGUGACAUUUUAUCAAGAACAUUGAAGGAGCUGGGAAAAGAGUUGAUGAAUGUAUAUAUUUUUUUUUAAUCACAAAAACAUGCAUUGAAGCAGGUACUGUAUAUGUAAGCUUUUUAAAUCAAAUCAUAAAAGUUUAAAUUCAUCUCACAACAUUUUAUUGCUCUGUACUUACUGUUUAAAAUAUUUUAGAGAUUUCUUUUCACGCUGUAAUGCCACAAUCAAUUUCUAUGCUGUUUUUCCCAAUUUCUCAAUUAAAUCAAUAAAAUGGGCGCCUGCGCUCUCUCAAAGUGAA